UUCCGCCCUUCCUCUUUGUCCAACCCUUCAUCUUCCUUCGUAUCCAUCCAUCAAGAUCGUUGUUCAAGGCAGAGAUCAAGAAUGGUGGUGUCAAAGAAGGGUGCUUUAGCGUACGAGGAAAGGCGGCAUGAGAGAUUGGAGCAGAACAAGAAGAAACUGGAGCAGCUCAAUCUCACCAAGCUCUCUCAAGCGCUCCACUCCACCAUUAGCCCCAAGCCCUCUCCUAUGAAGAAGGUGAAGCCGAAGGUGGCUCGACAGCCUGUGGACCCUUCUACCAUCCGACGGUCUAGUCGCGUCGCAGACAAGCCUCCCCCUAACUACAAGGAGGUUCCAAUUGAACCUUUGGGAAGGCCUAGACGCUAUCGCUAUUCGCGAAGGGAUUUGUCAAAUAGAGUUUAUGCAUCAGACGAAGAUAGAGAGUAUGCUCAGGAGAGAGCAGAGGUGUUACAAUCAGGUUUAGAUUCUAAAAUCCCAAGCUUUGUUAAGCCUAUGCUUCAAUCACAUGUUACCGGUGGUUUUUGGCUGGGGCUUCCAGUCCAAUUUUGCAAGACAUACCUUCCAAAGCGUGAUGAAACUGUUACCUUGGUUGAUGAGCAAGAAGAGGAGUAUCCCACCAAGUACCUCGCUGUGAAAACCGGGCUUAGUGGUGGAUGGAGGGGUUUCUCCAUUGAACAUGAGUUGGUUGAUGGGGAUGCCCUGGUUUUCCAAUUAAUUGAGCCUACAAAGUUUAAGGUCUACAUUGUAAGGGUAAAUCAAGCUGAAGACAGUAGCAACUGAUGGAAUUAGCAAAUAGCAUUUGCCUUUUGCUGCAGUUCCAAACUAAUUCGGCAAGCAAGCAAAAGCUCCUUCCUGCCAUGUUGUAGUUGGGAGGUUCAUGCUAUUUUUGCCAGUGAUUGUGGUUUAACUCUUUACUCUAUGUACAUGAGCAGGCUAGUUUGACAAUUAAAUUGAAAAUUAUUUGGAUGCUAUAAUAUAACCACUAAAAUCUCUUUUCUGUUUUCUUUUUA